UAUUACGUCGUCGAGAAAAAGGUGAUUUUUCUGUAAGGUGAUUUCAGCAUUAUGAGUGAACCUGAGGUGAAAAAACAACGUACAGACAAUGGGGUGAGUGAAGCCAAAGUGCUUCCGGAAGAGGCGCUCAGGCCGGGAAUUCUUGACCCAAAGUUCCAGGACGAAUUAAGAGACUCGAUCCGUAACUCUGAUCCUUACAAGCAUGGUGUGAUCCACGGGCUGCUUAACGAUAAGUUGCUGAGACAGGCUCGGGAAGAGAUCCUGGAACAUUUGCACUUUACCCAGAAGGAGACUGACAUUUACAAGGUCAACCAGACGGGAGAUCUUGCCAAUCUCAGUGGGUUGGACACUGACGAGCUGUCGAAGCUCAAGGCGGUUGCAAAAGUUCGGGAGGGCCUUUAUUCGAAGGAGUUUCGGGAAAUGAUGAGCUACGUCACUGAUUGUGGACCUCUAUCAGGAAAGCAGCAGGAUCUCAGUAUUAAUUUGUACAACAAGGGAUGUCAUUUACUGAACCACGACGAUGUUAUUGGAACUCGUCGGAUCUCGUAUAUCCUGUACUUGGUGCCCCCAGACACCCCCUGGGACCCGAAAUGGGGUGGUUCGCUUCGCCUCUUCCCCAUUGAGCAACCAGGUGUCCCAGCGGCCGAUUUCAGCAAGGAGAUCCCCCCCGAGUGGAAUCAGCUGUCGUUCUUCAAGGUUCAACCAGGCUACUCCUUCCACGAUGUUGAGGAGGUUUACGUAGACCAACCGCGGCUAUCAAUUUCUGGUUGGUUCCAUAUUCCUCAUCCGGACGAACCAGGAUACGAUGCGAACAUACUGGCAGAGGACGACGGGUCCAAGGCCACUCUGGCUCAAUUAUCAGGCCGGGGUGACUCCCAUCAUUUCGAGCCGUAUACGGACGAUGAGAAAGCUGAGCUUUCCGAGGCAGAUAAAGAGUACCUGGGCGAGUUUAUCAACCAGGACGUGUUGGACCGCGUGCCGUCAUUGUUGGAGACGUUUACCUCUGCCAGUGUUUUAACAAUUGCAAACUUCCUCAAGCCUGAUGUUUUCGACAAGAUUGCUCAGGCUACUGAGGUGGAUGACCUGGCCAAAAUCCCCAAAACUGAGAAGGAUAUCUCAGCUCCCUGGCAGUUGGCCAAGCCCUCGCAUAUUCGUCACUAUAUGUUCAUUGCAAAUGACGAGCAAGUCCCUGCUACUGAGGAUCUGGCUGCCCAUGUUGAAUUGCAAAAGAUUCGUGAUUUCAUAGUGUCCCCACAAUUUGGUCGCUUUGUUAAUGCUAUCACCAGCUUGGAGCCCAAGUCUCGUUACGCGGAGGCGCGUCGGUUCCGUCCCGGUCACGAUUUCACUUUGGCUACUGGGCUUCCUCAAGACGCGCUUCUGGAAGCUACGCUUCAUCUUACGUCUGCAAAAUGGUCGGAUGAUGUAGGCGGAUAUGAAAUGCUGAUGGCUACGGAAGACAAUGACGACGAUCCAGCGGUUUAUCGAGCGGCGGCUGAAUCGAUGGUGCUCCACAGCUCUGCUCCUGUUGCGAACGAGCUGGUGAUUUAUUUACGCGAAAAAGAAGUGCUCCAGUUUGUCAAGUACGUCUCCCGAAAUGCCCCCAGUUCUCGCUGGGACGUUGCCGCUGAGUUUGAGGUUGAUUUCGGAGACGAAGAGGACAAGUAG